AUCCCUACUCCGUACUCCCCCAACCAAAACGGUCGGUCUCUCUCUCUCUCUCACCGAGACAAUGGCGGGAAAGCAAGUAGCCGGCGACGGCUUUUCGGCGAACCUCGCUGGAAUGUCGAAGAACCAGCUCUACGACAUUAUGUCUCAGAUGAAGACUCUGAUCGAGCAGAACCAGCAGCAAGCGAGGCAGAUCCUCAUCCAGAACCCGCUCUUGACCAAAGCCCUUUUUCAGGCACAAAUUAUGCUUGGAAUGGUCCAGCCCCCUCAAGCGAUUCCAACCAUCCAGCCACCAGUGUCACCGCAUCCUCAACAAGCAGCACAGCCAAUUCAACCGUCAAAUAUUCAGGCUGCUAACUCAUCAUCAAGUCAAGUGGGUAUGCAGGACCAAACAAGUGCAUCUCAGAAUCCUCCUACAAGAAAGCAACACCAGAACCAAGCUGUGAUGCCUAUCUCAUCUGCUGCUGUUCCUGCACUAAAUCUUCAGUCUCAGCCCAUGUCUUCACAUCCCCUGCAGAUGCCACAGCCGCCUAAGGGAUAUGUGAAUCCCCAAAUGCCCUCUCUGUCUCUUCCACAAUCAUCACAACUUCCAAAUGUUCCUUCAAUUCCUAUGUAUUCUUCUUCACAGCCACCUCAACUUCAGCAGCCACAGAUGCCAACUACUUCCACUCAAUUGCAACAGCCACUGCAGACAACUGGAAUUCCUCAUAUGCCACUGCAACCACCAUUGCCACCACAACCUAGACCACCUUCAGUUCCAGCUUACCAUCAUCAGUAUCCCCCACAACUGGGGCCGAAUAUGGGUUUCCAACAUCCUGGUGCUUCUCAGCAUCUUUCGCAGCCUAUUUUUCAUCCAGGUAGCAAAGCUCCUGCUAGCAUUGGGCCUUCAUUUCCUCAGGGGCAGCCACCACUUCUAAAUCAGCCACUACCUCAAUCACUGUAUCAGCCGGCAGCUCAACAACAUAUAGGUACAGAUUUCAGCAAUCAAGGUGGAAGUUCUAUGCAAGUGGAUAGAGGAUCUCCUUGGAUGUCUGGACCGCCCGAGAACUCUACAGUAACACAGCAUUCAGGUCUUCCAGGACCUCCAAUAGUUCCUAGCCAGAUGGGUCCCGGCAAUCAGCUGCCUCGCCCCCAAUCGUUGACACCGGAGAUGGAGAAGGCACUACUUCAACAAGUCAUGAGCCUCACUCCAGAACAGAUUAAUCUCCUGCCUCCAGAGCAAAGGAAUCAAGUGCUUCAGCUACAGCAGAUACUGCGACAAUGAAACUGUGAAAUUUGACAUUUAUUUUUGGCAUCUGACUAUCAAUUGGCUGCAGUGAAGAAUUAUACAGAAGUGGAUAUAAAAUCCUUUCCAAAACUAUAAGUUCCAGUUAAUUGUCGUGUAACAUGUUUGUUUGGCUUUUGCCAUAUCUCUGCGCCUUUGCAUUUAGGAGUUUUUGAGCUUCAUUUCUUCUACCUUUAAUCAUAUCCUCUUCCAUUCUACUUUUGGUGUAAAUGCAAAUGAGGUUAUUUGCAAUAUCUGCAGCCGCAUUCACAAAAUUUGGAUUUCACUUUUA